CGGUAAGAUGAAGUUUCUCUUGGCUUGCCUCGCACCUUCUCAAUUAAUAUAUAUAUGUAUGUGGUUUGGUGUCUGUAUAUGACAUAUGUGCUCAGUGCCUCCGCCAAAGCAAAUAAAAUGGAUACUGAAAUGGUUGAGAGCAUUGAUGUCACAGAUGAUGCAAGGAGUUUUAGCUGGGCAGUGGACAGCGCCAUAAGGAGUGAGACUGGGUCCAUUUUUGGAGAAUCUCGUGUCCGUAGCUUUGCUUCGUUAGUGGACAGUGCCAUAAGGAGUAGUAAUGCUACUGAAGCAGAUUUGGGAUCAUCCCCUGUCCAUGUUUUUGCAAUGGCAGAAGACAAGGCUGAGCUUAAACCAGCCACCAACAAUUUCCCAGGAUUAUUAUUUACCCUGGCUGAGCUUGAAGCAGCCACCAAUAAUUUCUCACGUGACAACAUGAUUGGUUAUAAGGUGUACAGGGGCAAACUUGUUGAUGGUCGUGAGGUUGCAAUCAAGAAGAUGAUAAAAUUCAGGAGAGACUCGUUUCGUAAGUCUGAAUUUGCCAUCUUGUCCCGUUUACCCCACCGGAACUUGGUUGGGCUGGUUGGGUUAUGCAAAAACAGAUAUGAAUGGUUGUUGGUGUAUGAGUAUACGAAGAAGGGGUCGUUGCAUGAUCAUUUGCAUGACAAGAACAAUGUGGAUGUGAAUAUCCAAUUUUAUACCGGUUAUUUUUAUCCUUUAAAUAAAAAGUAUUUUUAUAUUUUUAACAGAAGGUGAAAAAGAUAAAAAGAUGUAACAGUUACAGGAAGACUUGAUUAUAAGAGGAUGCUUCGGUCACACUAACACUAGAAUAACAGUCGUUUAACUAAAAAAAAAUAGGAGACUCGUUGGCACUCAGGAAGGGAACGAAAAAAAAAGAAGAAUACGGUGAAGGGGCACACAAGCAGAGAUUUUUUUUUAACACAAUUGUCUCAAAAGGUGAUUAUGCUGCUAUAAGAUCUGGAUUUCUAAAGCUUCUCUCCUCUCAACUCCAACAUGGUGGAGUCUUAAGUGUGUGUGUUUCUCCCUGGUCUUAUUUGUCCCCCUCGCUCCAUCUUUUUCCUCCCCUCACUCCAUCUUCUUCCUAGUGGGCUUUGAUUUCUCCAUGUCUGCAAGUGGCAGCUCUUCUGCAUUUUCUGGUAGAACCAUUCGCCAAUGCCACCAUGGAAGACGUGCAGCUAUUCGAACUGUCAGAACAAGGAGGAACCCAAGAAGGUUAUUCUAUACUUGUGCAUUGCCCCAAACAGACCUAGAUUACUGUCAAUUUUUUCAAUUGGUUGAAGAAGAAAACCAAGUUUCUAAUCCUUCUUCUGUCACAAGAAAAUCAAUGAUAGUGACUGAUUUGAACCUACAAAUUGAAGCAUUGCAGAAGAAAAUGAGAAACUUACCAAACAUUGUGUUGUUAGGUUUUUCAAUUUUAAUUAUAAUGUUAGUUUUAGGGGGAAUAUAUUUUAGGAAAAAUUUGUAGUAGCAUCUUCUGAUAUUAUAAGUAUUGUUUUGCUGAAGAAAUAUUGUGAAUGAAGUUCCUCAAGUUUUUGUUGUUA